AUGGUGAACGGUACCCCAAAAAUUCACUACUACGAUCAGCAGCUCAAUAUCCGCCGAGUUAUCGAGCAGGCGGACUUGGAAUAUCUGGAUCAGGCCCUCAACAUCUGCGAUCUGUCCAGUCUGGAGAGAAAGCUUCGCCUCUGGCAGAAACUCCUGCCCAGGAUAAAACCCCACUACGCCGUCAAGUGCAAUGACGAUCCGGUGUUGGUCCAGCUUCUGGCGGAUCUUGGAACUGGAUUCGACUGCGCCUCCAAAAACGAACUCAAACUGGUUCUGGGACUUGGCGUUUCACCUGAACGUAUAAUCUUUGCUCAUCCUUGUCGACCUGUCAACCACUUGAAGUACGCCAAGGAGCAGCAGGUGGUCAAUGGUACGGUAGAUAAUGAAUAUGAGGUUUACAAGUUACGCAAGCACUAUCCCAACUCCAAUCUUAUCGUAAGAUUUAAAAGUGAGGCCAAAAAGGCGCUGUGUCCCUUGGGCGACAAAUAUGGCUGCGAUGCGGAGGCGGAUGCCGCGGCUCUAAUGCUGCUCUCGAAGGCCCUGGAUCUGAAGGUGACUGGUACUAGUUUCCAUGUGGGUUCGGGAUGCAGUGAGGUGGAGGCCUUCGAUCGAGCCAUCGAGAAGGCGGAAAACAUUUUCAAGUUUGGAGAGUUGAUAGGUCAUAAGAUGGACUUAUUAGAUAUUGGCGGUGGGUUUCCUGGUAUAGAUGAUGGGAUGUUCGAGGAGAUUGCUGAGGCUGUUAACACCUCGGUGAAACUUCGGUUCCCCGAUGAGCGUGUCCAAAUAAUUUCCGAGCCAGGACGAUUCUUUGUGGAGGCUGCCUACACAUUGGUUUGCAAGGUCCACGCAAAGCGGGAGGUCCGCAAUAAAGAUGGAAAGCUGGAGAAAUUGAUGUACUACCUCAAUGACGGCAUCUUCGGGGCCUUCGCAGGAAUGUUUUACUAUCCUGAGGUGGUCAUACAAUCAAUUUUCCAGGAUGAUGCCGAGACCCUGCCAAAGUUCAAGUCGGUGAUUUGGGGACCCAGCUGUGAUGCCCUGGAUAAGAUAUCGGGAGAUCUGCUUUUGCCCAAUUUGAACUGUGGCGAUCUUUUAGGAUUUCGUAACAUGGGAGCCUACACAAUGCCCAUUGCCAGUCCGUUCAACGGAUUUGAUGUUCCAGAAACCAGAUACUUUCGAGCAAAGUGA